AUGUCAACCUACACCGUUUACUAUUAUAAUAUAAAUAACUUUAAUGCCGAAUACGAUGAUUUGAUUAAUGAAUAUCCUGAUCAAUUCUCUGAACCUGAAAAUAUUUUUCAAGAUACAAAAUUUUGGAGGCCAAGUUCAGAACUGAUAAAACUUAAAAAUCAUUUACAUAAUAUAACAUUUUAUGACUUUCCUGGCAUCGCAUGUGCCUAUUGUUCAACUUUAAUGUUUAUUUCAGAAAUUUCUUGGGAACUAUUCAACGAAAAUUUUGAAUACCCAUUAAUCCGUAAAUUUCUAAAUGAAAAAUUACAUUUUCAUCCUAAUUCAAGUAUACAAAAAAUAGCUAUAUGCAAUUCAUGUAAACGCAAAUGGGACAAACCUUUACCUCCAGAUCUAUUACCGAUUCCUAGUGAAAUUGCAACUGUUCCAAUGUAUAAUCGUCAAUUUCUAUCACCUAUACAUUUACGAUGCUCAUUAGGAAGGCAUGCCGGAAGCAAUUCUUAUAUAAACUACAGACAUCUUACAGGUUCUUUUGGUUAUUCACGCAAUAUCCAUGUAUUAGCUUUAUAUUCUGGAGAGCUUGAUGCAUUUUUCAUAAUUCAAACUCCUCACCGAACUGCACAAAAUCAAUAUACUAAUCUUAUUCAUACAGACAAUUCUCAAAACAUACAAGACAUUGUAGUUCCAAGUUACGAUUAUGAUACUGAAACACAUGAUGAAGACUUUAAUUAUCAACGACUUAUGGCAGGUUUCAUGCUACCACUAAAUUUAAAUAUGUAUAUUCUAAUUUCAAUUGGAAGUGAUCAUCUUGAACCACUAUUAUUUCCAGACUUAUUUCCUUAUAGAACAGGCUUUUUUAGUAAAGAAAAUACAAACUUAUCAUAUG